UCACACUCUAUAGUAUCCCUCCAGUCUCCCCACUCGCUAUCACUUGAGAUUAUGCCAGCCAUCCCCUUCCUCAUACUCCCUAAUGCUAGAUGCCUACAGCUAUGCCACAAAUCGUCCACGGAGAGUGUGCCAAUGGCGGAGCCGGCUCUCCUGGAACACAAGCUUGCCCACCUCUUCGACCAUGGCUUCCUUCUUGUCGCCGUGACCUGCAGCUGGCCGACGACAACAGCAACGUCGACGUCGCUAUUCCUGUGGACUCAUCCGAGAACAACAUCGUCCACCACCACCAGUCUCCGGACCACUGUUGCUCCGGUGAUGGCUCUUCCGCCGCCGCCUUGUCCUCCUCCCAUCCUAACGCUGCCGCUGCUGCAGUAUUUCUCAUAUUUUGGAGCGGUGGUUUUUUCAUGGGUAGUUUUGGAGGCAUGCGUGGGAGCGACAACACAAAUUUCACCACUCAUAUCGAACACAUCCUACCAUUUCUGUCUCUCUACUAUUCAGGGGUCCUGGUGUCGCAUGACUUGCUUGUGAGUAAAGAACGACCACACCACUGCACAAUCUUGGCGUGCUUUGUUCUGGAUCAGUUUAUUACAGAUGUCAAGGAGCUUGUGACCUCUGUGUAUUGCUUCUUGACAAGGAAAUCGGUGAUGGUUAGCCUUCUUGUGCUGCUGUUUUCUGCUCUUAUUUUCGGUGCUUUAGAUCUGGCGCUCAAUAAAUGGUCAGGCAUGAGAAGGGCGAGUGACAGCGCAAUUUUACACAAUUAUUAUGAUGAGUCUCAUGGUAGGACGUUACUUGCAUUUAACCUUGACAAGGAUAGAGUUGAUCUGAGAAUGACAGCGGUGAAUGCUGAUGGCUCUGGACAGGAUCAGAAAGCACUUGCACAUUGGAUCUCAGAUCAUAACAGAGAUCGGUCAGGCAAAUAUUAUGUCACAGACAAGCAAAAAAGACCACAGAAGCCUCAUCUGUCAAAACACAAGACAAUCAAAACUGGCGUGGCUUGGUGGAUUGUCAUAGCUUCAGCUAUCUUUGUUGUGGUGGUGGUCUGCUGUAUUGCUGGUCUGCUUUGGUACAAGUGUAGGAACAGAGCGCAACAAAAUCAGCCCCAAGUUCAACUUCAACUCUGCAGAGUAAAAGGACCUAGGCCAUUCAAAUACAACGAGCUGGCGGCUGCUACCAACAAUUUCUCCGACGAGAACAAGCUUGGGCAAGGAGGGUUUGGCCCUGUGUACAGGGGCUUCUUGACGGACCCGGACCGCCAUGUGGCUGUCAAGGUGCUGUCUGCAGACUCUUCUUGGCAAGGGCACAAGGAGUUUGAGGCAGAAGUCAAAGUCCUGACCCAGCUGAGGCACAGGAACAUCGUGGAGCUCGUCGGCUGGUGUGACAGUAAUGAAGGCCUCCUGCUCGUCUACGAACUGAUGGCCGAAGGCAGCCUUGACAAGCAUCUUUACAACCCUGUUAGAGUUUUAUCAUGGCAACAGAGGUACAAGAUUAUACUUGACUUGGGCUCUGCUUUGCUCUACCUCCACCGGUGCUGCGACAAAUGCAUCGUCCACGGCGACAUCAAGCCUGAGAAUGUGAUGCUUGACGCCUCAUACAACGCUAAGCUCGGUGACUUCGGGACAGCAAGGCUCAUCGAGCACGGAGCAGAGCCACGAGCCACGGAAAUCGUUGCUGGGACCCGUGGGUACAUCGACCCAGAGUUCGUCAACAACCACCUUCGUUGCCCCGAGGCAGACAUCUACAGCUUCGGCGUUGCCCUGCUCGAGAUUGCUUCUGGCAAACGGCCGGCGUCGAGAUCCAGACAGCCAGAUGAGGCCUCUGCGCUGCUAGUCUGCAGGCUCCGUGACCUGUACGAUCAGCGCAUGGUUCUUGAUGCAGCAGAUGCCAAGAUGAACGGCGAGUUCGACCAGCAGCAGAUGGAGCGUGUGCUUGUUAUGGGUCUCUGGUGUGCGCAUCAGGACCCGAGCCAGCGACCGUCCAUUGUGCAAGCUAUGGAUGUUCUGCGUUCUGCAGAUGCAAUGUUGCCGGUGCUUCCAGCUAUGCGCGAUCCGCAGCGCGUUCGCAUCUUGAAGGAACAGGCUUACGGCGAUCUCACAGGUGAUGGUGCUGCUGUGGAUGUCGUCGCUGCUGCAAGUACCUGCUACCUUACUUCCAAGGAUUCAGCGUAUCUGCUUGCUGAGCAAUGAGGGUUCUGUUGAUCACAAGUUACUAUACAGUAGUAAGUACCUUUCUAGAUCCCAGUAAGCUUAACUUUUUCAAACCGCUAAUCCUGUGGGUGUUAUGUAUGUAUAUGUAUCCAGCUCCACCAAACCCCAUGGCAUGCAGGAUCUGUGUUGUAGCAGAAUCUUUUUAUGCAAAAAAAUGUUUCUGUCCUUAAUGUUCUGUCAGCAUAUAUAUGCCCUGUCUAAGAUUGCUUUAUACUGUGGUACCAGUAGUGAUAGGCGAUGUCCUAUGUAUUAUUAAGAAAACAUUAAGAUUGUUGAAACUUAAAGUAAGACAUGGUUUCUAAUUUGUUUUGUUAAUGGGACCUCAUCAUCGUUUUAACAAAGGUUUUUUUAGAUAAUG